CCUUUAUUUAUGCAGUUAAAGAUUUUAUUGUUGACUUUCAAAAAAAAAAUGUUUAACUCAGUUUCUUAACUAUUAUGUUGUGGAACUAAGUUUAAGUUAUUCUCAUGAUGUCAAAUUCUCGAAGAGAUUCCAAAGGGCCGUUCUCUCGUUUAGCGAGAGCAAUAGAGCGGCGGAAACCCUAGGGGUUUUUCAAGAUUAUUGAGCUUUUCCGAGAGGAGUAAGGUGUUUGAUUCCCAUUAGUAAAAGGAAGUAAAAGGUGAUACACGGGUCUGGAGCUUUCUCUGUGCAGUGUUGGAGACCUAUUUAGGGUUUGGAACCCACGACGAAAGGAGUAUAUCUUUCUUCGUGACAGAGUUUUAUAGCUACAAACUUUGUGACGACAUACGACUUUGGUUUCUCUGAGAGUGACCCCUAGAACAAAGAUCACGGCAAGUAAAGAGGGAGUUGUAGAGGAUACGACUACAAACAAGGACAAGAGGAACGAGCAAGAUCACACGUUGGAGAUGGAAAAACAGCUAGAUAAUAUAACCCUUGAGGAGGACGAUGAAGAACCCCUUGAGGUUGAGGAUUCCGAUGUUGAUGUCAUCAGGAUGGAAGCGGUACGUAGGCUGGGCUUGAUUGGCCGGCUGGUAUCUGAAAAAGAACCAAAUAUAAAAUCAAUGAAGAUUGCAUUGGCGAAAGCGUGGAAGCUAAGAAAGGGUUUUCAGGUAACUGAACUGGGUGAUAUGAUGUUUGCGUUCCAGUUUUUAGAUAUGGAUGAUAGAAACAAAGUGUGCUUUGGGGGUCCUUCGUACUAUGAGAAUAAUAUCAUAGUGUUGAAGCUAGUACUCUGAUACAGAAAUCGAAACCAAAGGACUUGCAUAUGAUUGACCUGUGGAUACGAGUCAUAGGUUUUCCUGUAGAGCUUCGAACUCAACAAAUGGCAGAAAAAAUUGCAUCAAGGUUCGAGGGUCUGGACUGGUUUGACAAUGGAGCAAGCACAAUGUGGGAUGAUUAUAUGAGACUAAGGGUCUAUUUAUCCAUCAACAAACCCCUCAAAAAGAAGUUAAAGCUAUACAUUCAGGGGAAUUUGGUGGAAUACCCAGUGAAGUAUGAGAAACUACCUUUGUUUUGCUAUACUUGUGGAAGAAUUGGCCAUCCGAAACUCAAGUGUAAAUUGGAUCCAAAACCAGAAGUGGAUCUGUUUGGUUAUGAUCUAAGGGUAGCAGCACCUGGACCUAAGAACUGCUAUCCUACACGGCUAAGAAGGAGGAUGCUGAGGUUUGGGUUGCCCUACGUCAGAAAUUGGAAAUGGAAAGCAUAGGAUCCAGCUCGGAUCAUGACAUGGCGCUGAAAACAGAGGAGAACAUAAAAGCAGAUGAUGUACCCAUGGAAGAGGCAAAAAUACCUGAAGAGAACGUAGAGAAGGAGAUCCAGCUGCACGGCAAGGAGAGUAUGCAGUCAAUUCAACCUCCUGUAAAGCCCCUGCAACAAGGGGGAAAAGCUAAUCAGGAGAGAGCUACGACUGCAGGAACAAUGAAAGCACUAGUUGGAGCAUUAAAAUAAUUUGUGAUGAGAAGUACAUGGGAGUGUAGAGUGGGGAGGAGUACAACCAAAGUGUGGAGGAGACAAGAGCAGGGAGGAACCAAACCAGCUGUGGUGAUGACCCAACUUACACCGCAGAAGAGACAAGCUGCAACACAUAAAGAAGGAGAGACAAAUGAGAUUCCAAUAGCUAAAGAGGCGAAAAGAACCAAUAUGCUAAACUUUUUUGAGAAGGAGAAUACAGAAGUGAAAAAUUAUACAAAAUUCAUGGAUAGCGAAGUGGCAGAUCCUGCAAAAAAGCAGGACCACCCAGUCCAAUGAGUCUGCUGAGUUAUAAUUGUCGGGGGUUUGGAGAGUCCCCUGGCAAUUAAAAAGAUGGUGCGUUU